AUGAGAGGGGGCAUUGUCUUCAUUCAAACUGAGAAGCUCACAUUCUCCAAGCUUGCCCUGCCCACACUGGCCCCCGCCCAGCCUGGGUCUCCAACCCAGGCCAUGCCUGUCCAGCCUCAGACCUCCCUUCUGAACAGGGGGCUGGAGGAGCCCGGAGCUCCGUCCUCCCCAGCUCUCCCUCCCUGGGCCCUCUGCACCCCCACCCGGCCCAUCCAUCUCCCCGCGGCCACAGCUGCCGCGCUGCCUCCUGCUAUUGAGCAGCGAGAUGAGAAGCCCCUCGACCUCCCCAAGGCCCUGUCAGCCCCCGGCCCCUCCAUUCAGCCAGGCCUGGACCCCUAUGGAUCUCCCAGCCUGCCCUGGAGGUGGGCCCCCGCCCUACCGUCGCGCCUGGAGCCGGAUGAGCCCAGCCCGGGGCCUCGCUCAGUCCAGUCCGAGGCCUUCCUCUCUGCUAGCCUUGGGGUAUUUGCCCCCUCAGAGACCUACACACUGCCCGUGACCAGCUCCAGCUGGGAGCCCCAGCCAGACUCCAUGAUACCAUCAGGCCCUUCCACCGGUUCCACAGGGGCCCCAGCAGUGGCCGAGGCCACCGAGCAGGGCCCCAAGAACCCCCGCGUGUCCAGCGUGACGGUUCAGCUAGAGAUGAAGGCUCUGUGGGAAGAGUUCAACCAGCUGGGCACAGAGAUGAUCGUCACCAAGGCGGGCAGGAGGAUGUUCCCCACCUUCCAGGUGAAGAUCCUGGGCAUGGACACGCUGGCUGACUACGCCCUGCUCAUGGAUUUUGUGCCUUUGGAUGACAAGAGAUACAGGUACGCCUUCCACAGCUCUGCCUGGCUGGUGGCGGGCAAGGCGGACCCGGCCACGCCCGGCCGUGUGCACUUCCACCCUGACUCGCCGGCCAAGGGCGCGCAGUGGAUGCGUCAGAUCGUGUCCUUCGACAAGCUCAAGCUGACCAACAACCUGCUGGAUGACAAUGGCCACAUCAUCCUCAAUUCCAUGCACCGCUACCAGCCGCGCUUCCACGUGGUUUUUGUGGACCCACGCAAAGACAGCGAGCGCUAUGCCCAGGAGAACUUCAAGUCCUUCAUCUUCGCGGAGACCCAGUUCACAGCCGUCACAGCGUAUCAGAACCACCGGAUCACCCAGCUGAAAAUUGCCAGCAACCCAUUUGCCAAGGGCUUUCGGGAGAGUGACCCAGACUCCUGGCCUAUAUCUCCACGGCCCCUGCUCAGCGUCCCGACCCGGAGUCGCAGCAGCCUCCGGCCCUGUCUGCUGAAAGGUUCCGAUGAGCGAGAGACAGACCCCAACAAAGCCUUCACCUCCAGGACCCCUGCCAGGCUCCACCAUCAGCUGCUGGCCCCCACUGAGGCUCUGCUGGCCCCAGCCACCUACCCGCCCCUCACCUACCGGGGCCUGUACCCUGGAGCCUCAAGCCCCGUUCGACCAAGGGCCCGACCGACACCAUACCCCCUCCCCAAUAUUCAGGCCGAUAGGGACCAGGGGGGCCUGCCCCUCCCAGCGGGGCUGGGGCUCCUCUCCCCCACUGCAGUGUGCCUGGGGCCUGGCCAGGACCCGCAGUGA